GGGCGCGCACCGGGCGAACCGGAAGGAAAGUCCAGCAGCGGGCGUUCGCACGGGACGCCGGAAGUCUCUGAGCCUGGCGGCGUCCGAGCUGAAGCUUCCCCGGCUUCCCAAUUGCCCAAGGUCAGGCUCCGCCAGCCCUCGAAGGGGAGGGUUGUGGUUUGCAGAAGAUGCUAGGAGUUAACCAGCUUAUCCAGAGAGGCUUCUGGCUAAUUCACCAGACAAAGGAGCAGCAGCAGUAAAUCCUUUCACUUCAUCCCCUGCUGUUUUAUGAUGAGGUGCUAAAUAGCUUCUGGCCUCUGAGGAACUCAGACUGGCUGGUCAGCUGCCUCAGCAAAGUCACUUAGACUUAAGGUAAUAAUCUUCAGUAGCCAAGAUGUCUUCAGCACCUGAUCCUCCAACAGUUAAAAAAGAACCAUUAAAAGAGAAAAACUUUGAAAACCCAGGCCUCCGAGGGGCGCACACAACCACCUUAUUUCGAGCUGUGAAUCCCGAGCUCUUCAUUAAACCCAACAAACCUGUGAUGGCUUUUGGAUUGGUAACCCUUUCACUUUGUGUGGCUUACAUUGGUUAUCUGCAUGCAACUCAAGAGAACAGAAAGGACCUCUAUGAAGCCAUUGACAGUGAAGGGCAUCGGUACAUGAGGAGAAAAACAUCUAAGUGGGACUAACUGCUGCUUCCUUCAGGUGGAGUGUUAUUAUAGGCUCCGACACCUUUGAAAGAAAGACUGUUAGUGCACAGAAUUGUUUCUUGUUCCAUAAUAUGUUAACAAGGGAGAAUAUAAAAUUGAAAGCAGUCCACUGUGGUGAGUUUAGUCUCAUUACAGCUGAAGGCAUUAAAUUCUGUAUAAUAAAAGUACCCAGUACUCUUCCAUUUGCAUGGAGUUUCUAACGUUUUAGAGUGGAUUGUGCCUUUGCAGCAAUGCUUUACUGUUUAGGAGAGAAGACAACCCCUUCAGUUACUAAAAUCAUAAUUAAAUGAAAGAAUAAAACAAA